ACGAAGGCAGACAAGUUGAAACUGGCGUGCACGCAAGACGCAAACACACAUUCCCACACACACGCGCAGACUCACACACACGCGCAGACUCACACACGCGCGCAGACACACACGCACGGCAGCUCGAGGCUUCUCAGAUCUGCGCUGGGGCUCUUGAGUUUCAGGUGGAGAGAUCGCAGGGGCAAGGGUUCCGCGAGGGAGACGUUUUGGAGAAGGGGAUUCCGGACAAGGAGUACAAGAAGGAGAAUGACCCGUUGCUGAGAAUUUGCGGUUUACUUCUUUUUUUUCAGAAAGUGCGCAAGAGGGAAAUUAAAAACAGGAUGAUCUUGUCGUCCUCUAACUUGAGCUCUGGGAUGGUGGACCACAAACCUUGACCACUCGGUAGGAAGGUCCCCCCCCCCCCCUUGGGGUUGGCGGUCAAGAUGAUGGCUGCAUCUGGCAAGGGCUUGGUGCUGGUGGAGUUUGAGUAUGAGUACACCAACAGGGACGGCAGCGUGGUGUCCAUCAAGCCCAACGAAAGGUACAUGCUGUUGGAAAAAACCAACGACCACUGGUGGCACGUGUGCAAGGACAAGCGCGCCAGGCCCUUCUACAUCCCCGCCAAGUACGUCAAGGAGCUGCCGUCGGACUUCCCCUCCCCGCUGGACUUCCUCCACCCCGCCGCCCCGGAGCCGGCGGUCAGCAAGAGGCCGGCGGACAGCGCGGAGGAGGGGCCGUGCGAGGUGACCAUCCGGGUCCACUCGCCCAGACGCCGCAAGAAGAAGGAGAACCGCAUGUCCACCUUCGGGGUUCCGCUCGAGGUCCACGACCCGGUCCAGAAACGGGGCGGGGUCCCCGACCCGCCGCACUCGCGCGAGGGCUCCAAAAACGCCAAGAGGUCCAGCGCGGCUCCCGCGGAGCUGCUGGUCCCGCAGUCGCCGGAGGACGACCUGCCGCCCUCCCUGCUGAAGUCCAAGGUUCCCAGCUUCAGCCCCGCCGACCCUGUGAUCAGGCCAACCCAGGCCAAGCCGGUGGAGACGCCCACUGUCAAGGACCUGGAGGUCCGAGAGCUGGUGGAACAUCCCAAACCGCCCGUGGAGUUCGAUGACCCGCCCAGGCCGGAUUCUGACCUAUCGCAGGACUCUGAGAAUAUUUAUGAAACCAUUUCGGACAUCCAGGGCUUGAGGCUACAAGAUUCGCCCGUCACAGAGACGGCUCCGCCCCUUUCUCCAGCUCCGACUCCGGUGCUGGUGCCAGUUCCAAUUCCAGAUCCGCCCCCUUCGCUGCCUCCACUGCCUCCGCUGCCUCCUGUGUCACAGCUUGAGAAAACCAACCCUGACACUGCACUGUACGUCAACAUAUCAGAGCUGAAGAAGAGCGCUCCGCGGCUGGCCCCGCCCUCGUCCUCCUCCCCCGCUGCGCCCCGCCACCUCUCCACAGAUUCGGAGGAAUGGGAGGUGCACACUGACCAAGAGAGCGGGAAGGAGUUCUACUACAACCCCACCUCAGGGCAGUCCACCUGGGACAACCCCCGCAGCCCCUUCAUGGAGCCUGAUUCCCCCCCGGUGGUGCUGUCCUCUCCCUCUCCCUCGUCCAGCCCGCCCUCGACUGCCCCCGCCACCAGCCCUGGCCCCGUUCGUAGCCCCGGCCCAGCCCCUACCCCUGGCCUCACCCCCGCCCCUGCCCCCGGCUCCGCCCCUGCCCCUGGCCCCACCCCCACCCCCACCCCCGGCCCCACCCCCGCCCCUGGUCCCGCCCCCGCCGUGGGGGGCUCGGACUGGGAGAAGCUCCUGGACGAGGCCAGCGGGAGCCAUUACUUCUACAACCACGUGUCCGGAGAGACGUCCUGGGGACCCCCAGGGUUGGAGUCCCCCCCACCCGGGCCCACAAAGCCCCCGGGCCUGACAGAGCCCCCGCAGGACGGUCCGCCCCCCCUCCCCGAUGAGGACUACCCCGUGGAGGACGAGGAGCGCUCAAAGACACCCCCAAAGACCUUCCCCAAAGAUUUCACCUACCCCCCUCUGAAGCGCUCGGUCAUCCCGCGGGUCAGUUUGGAGACUAAGUCCCCCGCAGGUUGGACACGUUCGAUGGACCCAGAUGGCAAGAUGGUGUUCACCAGCGAGCACACGCAGGAACAGUGGAUCAAGUCGAUGGAUGACAAAGGACAGGCGUACUACUACCUGAAUGAUGGGUCCCGGUCUCAGUGGAACCUGCCUGAGAUCGCUUCAUGUCCUCGACCAACCCCCCCCACACACACACCACCCCACCCCACCCCACCCCAGCUUUCGGUGACCGCCAGCUCACCACCCAAGGUGGGGAAUGGGGUUGACUCCGAGGGCGUGUCUGUUUUGAAGAACUGGAGGCAGUCCGGAAGCUCCUCCUCUUUCACCCCCUCCCCUUUCAGCCCGCCUAAGGAAGAAUUGAAGUUCUUCCCCAGCCACAUGCGAAAUAUCUCGGACCAGGGCAGCGAUGCAUCCAGCGCAGGCAAUUCACCAGAGUUACUUCAUCAGGUUGAUAGGUUCAAACACCGGAGGAGCCCGUCCAAUCAGAGCUCAGAUUCUCAACAGCAUGUGGGUUCUAACGCCUCAUCCGGGACUGCCAGAUGCUGGGCCCAGACUUUGGAAAAGGCAGGAAUUCUCAACAAAACCAAGAUAGCUGAGAAUGGGAAAAGGCUUAGGAAAAACUGGGCACAGUCCUGGACGGUCCUGCACGGUGGAAUUCUGACGUUUCAUAAAGACCCCAAGUUCAUGCCCGGCGGAAACCCGAACAGAACCAAUCAGAUCGUCCCAGAAUUCACAGUGGAGCUACGAGGGGCGAAUGUUAACUGGGCCUCCAAGGACAAAUCCAGCAAGAAGCAUGUUCUGGAGUUGAAAACGCGCCAUGGGUCGGAGUAUCUGGUGCAGUACGACACAGAGAGCAUCAUCAACGACUGGCACAAAGUGAUCGUGGAAACCAUCCGUCAGCUGGAUCAUGAGCAUCACUCUGAGGAAGAGAAUGAUGAGGAAGAGAAGUCCCCCAGUCCCACAGACGACAAGGAAAAGAGGAGAGCCAACAGGCCCAGCACAUCGAGUAACAGCGGGGAGACCGAUCAGGGGAGGGUGCGCACCAAACUACGCAAGUUCCUCCAGAGGAGGCCCACACUGCAGUCCGUCAAGGAGAAAGGCUACAUCCGGGAUAACGUGUUUGGCUGCAACCUGGACGUUCUGUGUAGUCGGGAGAACACCGCCAUCCCGCGCUUUGUUGAGAAGUGCAUCAAGGCCGUGGAGAGACGAGGCCUGAGUGUCGAUGGGAUCUACAGAGUGAGCGGAAACCUGGCCACCAUACAAAAGCUUCGUCACAAAGCGGAUCACGAAGAGAACCUGGACCUGGAUGACGGACAGUGGGAGGAGAUCCACGUGGUAACGGGAGCGCUGAAGCUCUUCCUCAGAGAGCUUCCCGAGCCUCUCUUCCCCUACAGCUUCUUCGACCGCUUCAUCGCUGCCAUCAAAGUCCCUGAUAAAAGACAGAAGGUGUCUUUCAUUCAGGACCUGGUUAAGAUUCUCCCACUGCCGAAUCUAGAAACUAUGAAGGCCCUUUUCAAACAUUUACGCAAGGUCAUCGAGCAUCACGAGGAGAACCGCAUGUCGGAGCAGAGCGUGGCCAUCGUCUUCGGCCCCACGCUGCUCCGGCCCGAGACCGAGUCGUCCAACAUGACCAUGCACAUGGUCUUCCAGAGCCAAAUCGUGGAGCUCAUUCUUCAUGAGUAUGAUCAGAUCUUCGGCCCGAACUGAGACUCUGGAAUCGUACUGGGGACAGGGGACAGGGGACAUGGGACGGGACAGGGGACAAGGGGACACAGGCUAAAACAUUGGACAGUGUGGCUGGGUGGGGACUGCCGGGGUGGGGACCAUUUUUAUUUUCAGGCCUGUUUAAAUUGGUGGGGUUUUUUGUCUGAUGUGUGAAUCUCCAUCUGACAGUCCGUAGGCCCUCUAUUCAAUCUCUAAUCCCUCUCUUCUUCCACUUUUCAUUUCCCUAUCUAUCUGCUUUGGUACUCCUAAUCUUCUCACUUCCUGUCAAGAGAUUAGGAUAAAGAAGGUUGUUAGCACUAGUAAAACUGUCUGGACCAAAAUGAGAUUUUUUUAUUGUUAUCAUUUUUGGCCACACAUCAACAAGCUGUGCUAAUCAAAUGCCUUGAUGUUAUUAGAUGCGUACAUGAAGCCUGGGGUAACCUAAUCGUUUGAUGAUAUUUGAUACGUGCUGAUUUUGUGGCAUAUACGUGCUGUUCAGAGCAAUGCCAUUGUCUAGAUUUCAUUGGGAUUCCUUUAUAGGCCACAUUCAACCUUGGGAAGGUUUAUGAAAUAUGGAUUUUGCUGCAGAGUUGCUGUAUUUUACAAAACAUUGUAAUGAUGCUUUGUUUAAAAUGCCUUCAAAGGUAUGUUACUUUAAUAUAAAAAGGGAAAUACUGUACAAAAGAAUAGCCACUGUCAUUGCCUGAAUGUGAAAGGGACGGUUAAUUGCUUAAUGUGUAUUGUACAACUUUUCUAAACAUUUAAAGUGGGGAAAAAUAUCAUUAAUGUAGCUACUUUAUAUUGAAAAGGCACAGUACAAUUAGAAAAGUAUAUAUGUUAUAAAUGAUGGUCCAUACUUUAAAUGACAGAUGGUUACACUCAACAGUUUGUUAGCGUUAUUGCUAUGUGAAAACUGGAUGAUACAAAAGUGUUAAAUCUAAGGUCUUUUUGGGAAAUUUGAUGGACAUUGUACAUACAUAAGAGAAGAUUUGCCCUACAAAUGUUCUUUUAAUAAAAAAAUAACUUAA